AUGUCUAAAAAGCCAGUUACAAAACCAGUUAAUGAUUUAAUAAGUUUUUGGUCUACCCAACAAAAAGAAAAAAUUACGGAACAAAUUUCAUCGCAAAAAUACUCUGAACAAUUACCUUCAAAGUCAUCGAUCAAUAAUAAUCAUCAUUCUAGUUCGAGUUUAACAAAUACUCCACCUUCUGUACCUACCGUGAUCGUAGAAGACUCAAAUUCUGUGAAUAAUGAAAAUGGAAAUACUGAUAAUAAUUCCAAUAAUAGUCUUUCAAAUAUAGACUUUGUGAAAGAUAGCAGUCUUUCGAUAGUUGGCAUAAAAACUAUUCAAAAUCAAAAUGAUCGAGGGAGAAUGAAUUGGGAUUCUUUGCCACAAAACGCAACCACAACAAUAAUUUCUCGAAAAAAUUCUGUUCCACCAAAAGAUAUUUCUUUUCUCAAUAAACCAUUUAGUCCAAAGCAAAUUCAACGUGGAUCAAUGCCACGAGAGAAAAAAGUAUCAAAUUUGGUGUCUAGAUUUGAAAAUGUUACUUCUCCUCCUUCGUCACCAACGAGACGAUCAGAUAUAACUACAGAACAAAUAAAUUUACCACCAACUGUACCUCUGACAGCUUU